AUGGGGACACGGGCCCCGCAGGGCCUCCUCCUCCUCUUGCUCCGGCUGCUGCUGCCACGCGGGACCUCAGCUGGGAGCCUGCAUAGCCCAGGCCUGUCAGAGUGCUUCCAGGUGAAUGGCGCAGACUACCGCGGCCACCAGAACCGCACGGGCCCGCGCGGGGCUGGCCGCCCGUGCCUCUACUGGGACCAGACGCAGCAGCACAGCUACAGCAGCGCCAGCGACCCCCACGGCCGCUGGGGGCUGGGCGCGCACAACUUCUGCCGUAACCCAGAUGGUGAUGUGCAGCCAUGGUGCUACGUGGCCGAGACAGAGGAGGGCAUCUACUGGCGCUACUGCGAUAUCCCCACGUGUCAUAUGCCUGGGUACCUGGGCUGCUUCGUGGACUCCGGGGCACCCCCGGCCCUCAGCGGCCCCAGCGGCACCUCAACAAAGCUCACGGUCCAGGUGUGCCUUCGUUUCUGCCGCAUGAAGGGCUACCAGUUGGCGGGCGUGGAGGCUGGCUACGCCUGUUUCUGUGGCUCUGAAAGCGACCUGGCCCGGGGACGCCCGGCUCCGGCCACCGACUGUGACCAGAUCUGCUUUGGCCACCCGGGCCAGCUGUGCGGCGGCGAUGGGCGCCUGGGCAUCUACGAAGUGUCCGUGGGCUCCUGCCAGGGGAACUGGACUGCACCUCAAGGUGUCAUCUACUCCCCGGACUUCCCGGACGAGUAUGGGCCUGACCGGAACUGUAGCUGGGCGCUGGGCCCUCCGGGCGCCGCGCUGGAGCUCACCUUCCGCCUCUUCGAGCUGGCGGACCCGCGCGACCAGCUGGAGCUGCGCGACGCCGCCUCGGGCAGCCUGCUCCGAGCCUUCGACGGCGCCCGCCCGCCGCCGCCGGGGCCGUUGCGCCUGCGCUCCGCCGCACUGCUGCUCACCUUCCGCAGCGACGCUCGCGGCCAUGCGCAGGGCUUCGCGCUCACCUACCGCGGGCUGCAGGACGCCGACGACCCUGCGCCCCCCAAGGGCUCGGCCCAGACCCCUGCAGGACCCCCCGACGGGGCCAACGUGAGCUGCAGCCCCCGGCCUGGGGCUCCAGAGGCCGCGACUGGGGCCCAGGUCUUCUUGACGGUGACGGCCGUCUCAGUGCUGCUGCUGCUGCUGCUGUCGCUGCUGUGCCUGCUGCGCGGACGGAGCUGCCUGCUGGCCCCGGGUAAAGGGCCCCCAGCGUUGGGGCCUUCCCGGGACCCCGCAAGAAGCUGGGCCGUUUGGUACCGCCGGCCUCGAGGGGUCGCCCUGCCCUGUCCUCCCGGGGACCCCCAGGUUGAGAGUCUAACCGCGAGUUACCGGCCAUUGAGCGCCUCCAGCCAGAGCUCCCUGCGCUCACUCAUCUCUGCUCUCUGA